AUGUCUACCGCAGGCCAUGGCUCUUACUCUGCCCCACCGCAACUUCUGUCCUUUGAUGGCCUUCUUUUUGAUUUUGAUGGAACUAUUAUAGACUCUACAGAUGCAAUCGUUAAACAUUGGCACUCACUAGCAGAGGAAUUGGGUGUAGAUCCUAAAGUUAUUUUAGCUUCUUCACACGGUAGAAGGAGCAUUGAUACGUUAGCCUUGUAUGAUCCAAGCAAAGCUAACUGGGAUUAUGUUAGUGAGAUUGAAGGUAUCCUGCCCCGGAAGUACGGUAAGGACGCAGUUGAGAUACCGGGAGCGCGUGAUCUGCUCAACAAGCUAGAGGACGCUGGCGCUCCGUGGGCAGUGGUUACAUCUGGGACCCGAGCACUGGUUACAGGUUGGCUGGAAGUCCUCAAGCUAACACACCCCAAGUUCCUCGUUGUAGCAGAGGAUGUGGAGCAAGGCAAACCCAACCCCCAGUGCUAUUUGCUCGGUCGAUCACGUUUGAACUUGGGCGAGUCAGCAAAUAUGCUGGUAGUUGAGGACGCCCCGUCAGGAAUCAAGGCUGGCAAGGCGGCCGGGUUUCGGGUGCUUGCGUUAGAAACCACUCAUACCAUCCAACAGCUAAAGGAUGCCGGGGCCGACUGGAUAGUCAAGGAUCUGGCGAGUGUCACCUUCAAGGCAUUGAAUGGCAAAGUGGAAAUUGAAAUCAACAAUGCCCUGCAGUGA